CCCCAUUCUCCCGCUUUCCAUCACUCCGCCCCAUUCUUCGCUUUCCAUCACCCCAACCCAUUCUCCCUCCUUCCAUCACCCCGCCCCAUUCUCCCUCCUUCCAUCACCCCGCCCCAUUCUCCCGCUUUCCAUCACCCCGCCCCAUUCUCCCUCCUUCCAUCACCCCGCCCCAUUCUCCCGCUUUCCAUCACCCCGCCCCAUUCUCCCGCUUCCCAUAACCCCAUCCCAUUCUCCCGCUUUCCAUCACCCCGCUACAUUCUCCCGCUUUCUAUCACCCCGCCCCAUUCUCCCUCCUUCCAUCACCCCGCCCCAUUCUCCCGCUUUCCAUCACCCCGCCCCAUUCUCCCGAUUUCCAUCACCCCGCCCCAUUCUCCCGCUUUCCAUCACCCCGCCCCAUUCUCCCGCUUUCCAUCAUCCCGCCCCAUUCUCCCUCCUUCCAUCACCCCGCCCCAUUCUUCUGCUUCCCUUCAUCCCGCCCCAUUCCCCCGCUUUCCAUCACCCCGCCCCAUUCUCUCGCUUUCCAUCACCCCGCCCCAUUCUCCCGCUUUCCAUCACCCCGCCCCAUUCUCCCGCUUUCCAUCACUCCGCCCCAUUAUCCUUCCUUCCAUCACCCCGCCCCAUUCUCCCUCCUAUCACCCCGCCCCAUUCUCCCGCUUUCCAUCACCCCGCCUCAUUCUCCCGCUUCCCAUAACCUCACCCCAUUCUCCAGCUUUCCAUCACCCCGCCACAUUCUCCCACUUUCCAUCACCCCGCCCCUUUCUCUCUCCUACCAUCACCCCGCCCCAUUCUCCCUCCUUCCAUCACCCCGCCCCAUUCUCCCGCCUUCCAUCAGCCCGCCCCAUUCUCCCGCUUUCCAUCACCCCGCCCCAUUCUCCCGCGUUCCAUCACCCCUCCCCUAUCUCCCGCUUUCCAUCUCCCCGCCCCAUUCUCCCGCUUUCCAUCACCCUGCCCCAUUCUCCCGCUUUCCAUCACCCCGCCCCAUUCUUCCGCUUCCCAUCAUCUCGCCCCAUUCCCCCGCUUUCCAUCACCCUUCCCCAUUCUCCCUCCUUCCAUCACCCCGCCCCAUUCUCUCGCUUUCCAUCACCCCGCCCCAUUCUCCCGCUUUCCAUCACGCCGCCCCAUUCUCCCGCUUUCCAUCACCCCGCCCCAUUCUCCCUCCUUCCAUCACCCCGCCCCAUUCUCCCGCUUUCCAUCACCCCGCCCCAUUCUCCCUCCUUCCAUCACCCCGCCCCAUUCUCCCUCAUUCCAUCACCCCGCCCCAUUCUCCCGCUUUCCAUCACCCUGCCCCAUUCUCCCGCUUCCCAUAACCCCACCCCAUUCUCCCGCUUUCCAUCACCCCGCCACAUUUUCCCACUUUCCAUCACCCCGCCCCCUUCUCUCUCCUUCCAUCACCCUGCCCCAUUCUCCCUCCUUCCAUCAGCCCGCCCCAUUCUCCCGCUUUCCAUCACCCCGCCCCUUUCUCCCGCUUUCCAUCUCCCUGCCCCAUUCUCCCGCUUUCCAUCACCCCGCCCCAUUCUCUCGCUUUCCAUCAUCCCGCCCCUUUUCCCCGCUUUCCAUCACCCCUCCCCAUUCUCCCUCCUUCCAUCACCCCGCCCCAUUCUCCCGCUUUCCAUCACUCCGCCUCAAUCUUCUGCUUUCCAUCACCCCGCCCCAUUCUCCCGCUUUCCAUCACCCUGCCCCAUUCACCCGCUUUCCAUCACCUUUCCAUCACCCGCCCCAUUCUCCCGCUUUCCAUCACCCCGCCCCAUUCUCCCGCUUUCCAUCACCCCGCUCCAUUCUCCCGCUUUCCAUCCCCCCGCCCCAUUCUCCUGCUUUCCAUCACCCCGCCCCAUUCUCCCGCUUUCCAUCACUCCGCCCCAUUCUCCCGCUUUCCAUCACCCCGACCCAUUCUCCCACUUUCCAUCACCCCGCCCCAUUCUCCCUCCUUCCAUCACCCCGCCUUAUUCUCCCUCCUUCCAUCACCCCGCCCCAUUCUCCUGCUUUCCAUCACCCCGCCCCAUUCUCCCGCUUUUCAUCACCCUGCCCCAUUCUCCCGCUUUCCAACACCCCGCCCCAUUCUCUCGCCUUCCAUCACCCCGCCCCAUUCUCCUGCUUUCCAUCACCCUGCCCCAUUCUCCCGCUUUCCAUCACCCCGCCCCCUUCUCCCUCCUUCCAUCACCCUGCCCCUUUCUCCCGCUUUCCAUCACCCCGCCCCAAUUCUCCCGCUUUCCAUCACCCCGUCCCAUUCUCCCGCUUUCCAUCACCCGCCCCAUUCUCCCACUUUCCAUCACCCCGCCCCAUUCUCCCGCUUUCCACCACCCCGCGCCAUUCUCCCGCUUUCCAUCACCCCGCCCCAUUCUCCCUCUUUCCAUCACCCUGCCCCAUUCUCCUGCUUUCCAUCACCCCGCCCCAUUCUCCCUCUUUCCAUCACCCCGCCCCAUUCUCCCGCUUUCCAUCACUCCGCCCCAUUCUCCCGCUUUCCACCACCCCGCCCCAUUCUCCCGCUUUCCACCACCCCGCCCCAUUCUCCCGCUUUCCAUCACCCCGCCCCAUUCUCCCGCUUUCCAUCACUUCGCCCAAUUCUCUCGAUUUCCAUCAUCCCGCCCCAUUCUCCCGCUUUCUAUCACCCGGCCCCAUUCUCCCGCUUUCCAUCACCCCGCCCCAUUCUCCCGCCUUCCAUCACCCCGCCCCAUUCUCCCGCUUUCCAUCACACCGCCCCAUUCUCCCGCUUUCCAUCACCCCACCCCAUUCUCCCGAUUUGCAUCACCCCGCCCCAUUCUCCCGCCUUCCAUCACCCCGCCCCAUUCUCCCUCUUUCCAUCACCCCGCCCCAUUCUCCCUCUUUCCAUCACCCCGCCCCAUUCUCCCUCUUUCCAUCACCCCGCUCCAUUCUCCCGCUUUCCAUCACACCACCCCAUUCUCCCGCUUUCCAUCAACUCGCCCUAUUUUCUCUCUUUCCAUCACCCCGCCCCAUUCUCCCGCUUUCCAUCACCCCGCCCCAUUCUCCCGCUUUCCAUCACCCCGCUCCAUUCUCCCGCUUUCCAUCAACCCGCCCAAUUCUCCCUCUUUCCAUCACCCCUCCCCAUUCUCCCUCUUUCCAUCACCCCGCCCCAUUCUCCCGCUUUCCAUCACCCCGCGCCAUUCUCCCGCUUUCCAUCACCCCGCCCCAUUCUCCCGCUUUCCUUCACCCCGCCCCAUUCUCCCUCUUUCCAUCACCUCGCCCCAUUCUCCUGCUUUCCAUCACCCCUCCCCAUUCUCCCGCUGUCCAUCACCCCGCCCCAUUCUCCCACUUUCCAUCACCCCGCCCCAUUCUCCCGCUUUCCAUCACCCUGCCCAUUCUCCCUCUUUCCAUCACCCCGCCCCAUUCUCCCUCUUUCCAUCACUCCGCCCCAUUCUCCCUCUAUCCAUCACCCCGCCCAAUUCUCCCGCUUUCCAUCACCCCGUCCCAUUCUCCCGCUUUCCAUCACCCGCCCCAUUCUCCCGCUUUCCAUCACCCCGCCCCAUUCUCCCGCUUUCCACCACCCCGCGCCAUUCUCCCGCUUUCCAUCACCUCGCCCCAUUCUCCCUCUUUCCAUCACCCCGCCCCAUUCUCCUGCUUUCCAUCACCCCGCCCCAUUCUCCCUCUUUCCAUCACCCCGCCCCAUUCUCCCGCUUUCCAUCACUCCGCCCCACUCUCCCGCUUUCCACCACCCCGCCCCAUUCUCCCGCUUUCCACCACCCCGCCCCAUUCUCGUGCUUUCCAUCACCCCGCCCCAUUCUCCCGCUUUCUAUCACCCUGCCCAAUUCUCUCGCUUUCCAUCACCCCGCCCCAUUCUACCGCUUUCAAUCACCCCACCCUAUCCUCCCGUUUUCCAUCACGCCGCCCCAUUCUCCCGCUUUCCAUCACCUCGCCCCAUUCUCGUGCUUUCCAUCACCCCGCCCCAUUCUCCCGCUUUCCAUCACCCCGCCCAAUUCUCUCGCUUUCCAUCUCCCCGCCCCAUUCUCCCGCUUUCCAUCACCCCACCCCAUUCUCCCGCUUUCCACCACACCGCCCCAUUCUCUCGCUUUCCAUCACCCCGCCCCAUUCUCCCGCUUUCCAUCACCCCGCCCCAUUCUCCCGCUUUCCAUCACCCCGCCCCAUUCUCCCUCCUUCCAUCACCCCGCCCCAUUCUCCCGCUUUCCAUCAUCCUGCACCAUUCUCCCGCUUUCCAUCACCCCGCCCCAUUCUCCCUCCUUCCAUCACCCCGCCCCAUUCUCCCGCUUUCCAUCACCCUGUCCCAUUCUCCUGCUUUCAAUCACCCCGCCCCAUUCUCCCGCUUUCCAUCACCCCGCUACAUUCUGCCGCUUUCCAUCAACUCGCCCCAUUCUCCCGCUUUCCAUCACCCCGCCCCAUUCUCCCGUUUUCCAUCACCCCGCCCCAUUCUCCCGCUUUCCAUCACCCCGCCCCAUUCUCCCGCUUUCCAUCACCUCGCCCCAUUCUCCCUCCUUCCAUCACCCCGCCCCAUUCUCCCGCUUUCCGUCAUCCUUCCCCAUUUUCCCGCUUUCCAUCACCCCGCCCCAUUCUACCGCUUUCAAUCACCCCGCCCUAUCCUCCCGCUUUCCAUCACCCCGCCCCAUUCUCCCGCUUUCCAUCACCUCGCCCCAUUCUCGUGCUUUCCAUCACCCCGCCCCAUUCUCCCGCUUUCUAUCACCCUGCCCAAUUCUCUCGCUUUCCAUCACCCCGCCCCAUUCUCCCGCUUUCCAUCACCCCGCCCCAUCAUCCCUCCUUCCUUCACCCCGCCCCAUUCUCCCGCUUUCCAUCACCCCGCCCCAUUCUCCCGCUUUCCAUCACCCCGCCCCAUUCUCCCGCUUUCCAUCACCCCCCAUUCUCUCGCUUUCCAUCACCCCGCCCCAUUCUCCCUCCUUCCAUCACCCCGCCCCAUUCUCCCGCUUUCCAUCAUCCUGCCCCAUUCUCCCGCUUUCCAUCUCCCCGCCCCAUUCUCCCGCUUUCAAUCACCCCGCCCCAUUCUCCCGCUUUCCAUCACCCCUCUCCAUUCUCCCGCUUUCCAUCAACUCGCCCCAUUCUCCCGCUUUCCAUCACCCCACCCCAUUCUCCCGCUUUCCACCACCCCGCCCCAUUCUCUCGCUUUCCAUCACCCCGCCCCAUUCUCCCGCUUUCCAUCACCCCGCCCCAUUCUCCCGCUUUCCAUCUGUCAAACAUUAUAUAUCCCCAUUCUCCCGCUUUCCGUCAUCCUUCCCCAUUCUCCCGCUUUCCAUCACCCCGCCCCAUUCUACCGCUUUCAAUCACCCCGCCCUAUCCUCCUGUUUUCCAUCACCCCGCCCCAUUCUCGUGCUUUCCAUCACCCCGCCCCAUUCUCCCGCUUUCCAUCACCCCGCACAAUUCUCUCGCUUUCCAUCUCCCCGCCCCAUUCUCCCGCUUUCCAUCACCCCGCCCCAUUCUCCCGCUUUCAAUCACCCCGCCCCAUUCUCCCGCUUUCCACCACCUUGCUCCAUUCUCCCGCUUUCCAUCAACUCGCCCCAUUCUCCCGCUUUCCAUCACCCCGCCCCAUUUUCCCGCUUUCCAUCACCCCGCCCCAUUCUCCCGCUUUCCAUCACCCUGCCCCAUUCUCCCGCUUUCCAUCACCCCACCCCAUUCUUCCGCUUUCCAUCACCCCGCCCCAUUCUCCCGCUUUCCAUCAUCCUGCCCCAUUCUCCCGCUUUCCAUCACCCUGCCCCAUUCUCCUGCUUUCAAACACCCCGCCCCAUUCUCCCGCUUUCCAUCACCCUGCUCCAUUCUUCCGCUUUCCAUCAACUCGCCCCAUUCUCCCGCUUUCCAUCACCCCGCCCCAUUCUCCCGUUUUCCAUCACCCCGCCCCAUUUUCCCGCUUUCCAUCACCCCGCCCCAUUCUCCCGCUUUCCAUCACCUCGCCCUAUUCUCCCUCCUUCCAUCACCCCGCCCCAUUCUUCCUCCUUCCAUCACCCCGCCCCAUUCUCCCGCUUUCCGUCAUCCUUCCCCAUUCUCCCGCUUUCCAUCACCCCGCCCCAUUCUACCGCUUUCAAUCACCCCGCCCUAUCCUCCUGUUUUCCAUCACCCCGCCCCAUUCUCGUGCUUUCCAUCACCCCGCCCCAUUCUCCCGCUUUCCAUCACCCCGCCCAAUUCUCUCGCUUUCCAUCUCCCCGCCCCAUUCUCCCGCUUUCCAUCACCCCGCCCCAUUCUCCCGCUUUCCACCACCCCGCCCCAUUCUCUCGCUUUCCAUCACCCCGCCCCAUUAUCCCGCUUUCCAUCACCCCGCCCCAUUCUCCCUUCUUCCUUCACCCCGCCCCAUUCUCCCACUUUCCAUCACCCUGCCCCAUUCUCCCGCUUUCCAUCACCCCGCCCCAUUCUCCCUCCUUCCAUCACCCCGCCCCAUACUCCCGCUUUCCAUCAUCCUGCACCAUUCUCCCGCUUUCCAUCACCCCGCCCCAUUCUCCCGCUUUCCAUCACCCCGCUCCAUUCUCCCGCUUUCCAUCAACUCGUCCCAUUCUCCGCCUUUCCAUCACCCCGCCCCAUUCUCCCUUCUUCCUUCACCCCGCCCCAUUCUCCCACUUUCCAUCACCCCGCCCCAUUCUCCCGCUUUCCAUCACCCCGCCCCGUUCUCCCUCCUUCCAUCACCCCGCCCCAUACUCCCGCUUUCCAUCACCCCGCCCCAUUCUCCCGCUUUCCAUCACCCCGCCCCAUUCUCCCGCUUUCCAUCACCCCGCCCCAUUCUCCCGCUUUCCAUCAACUCGCCCCAUUCUCCCGCUUUCCAUCACACCGCCCCAUUCUCCCGCUUUCCAUCACCCCGCCCCAUUCUCCCUACUUCCAUCAUCCCGCCCCAUUCUCCCGCUUUCCAUCACCCCGCCCCAUUCUCCCGCUUUCCAUCACUUGCCCCAUUCUCCCGCUUUCCAUCACCCCGCCCCAUUCUCCCGCUUUCCAUCACCCCGCUCCAUUCUCCCGCUUUCCAUCAACUCGCCCCAUUCUCCCGCUUUCCAUCACCCCGCCCCAUUCUCCCGCUUUCCAUCACCCCGCCCCAUUCUCCCGCUUUCCAUCACCCCACCCCAUUCUUCCGCUUUCCAUCACCCCGCCCCAUUCUUCCGCUUUCCAUCAUCCUGCCCCAUUCUCCCGCUUUCCAUCACCCUGCCCUAUUCUCCUGCUUUCAAUCACCCCGCCCCAUUCUCCCGCUUUCCAUCACCCCGCUCCAUUCUCACGCUUUCUAUCAACUCGCCCCAUUCUCCCGCUUUCCAUCACCCCGCCCCAUUCUCCCGUUUUCCAUCACCCCGCCCCAUUCUCCCGCUUUCCAUCACCCCGCCCCAUUCUCCCGCUUUCCAUCACCUCGCCCCAUUCUCCCUCCUUCCAUCACCCCGCCCCAUUCUCCCUCCUACCAUCAUCCCACCCCAUUCUCCCGCUUUCCGUCAUCCUUCCCCAUUCUCCCGCUUUCCACCACCCCGCCCCAUUCUCCCGCUUUCCAUCACCUCGCCCCAUUCUCGUGCUUUCCAUCACCCCGCCCCAUUCUCCCGCUUUCCAUCACCCCGCCCAAUUCUCUCGCUUUCCAUCUCCCCGCCCCAUUCUCCCGCUUUCCAUCACCCCACACCAUUCUCCCGCUUUCCACCACACCGCCCCAUUCUCUCGCUUUCCAUCACCCCACCCCAUUCUCCCUUCUUCCUUCACCCCGCCCCAUUCUCCCGCUUUCCAUCACCCCGCCCCAUUCUCCCGCUUUCCAUCACCCCGCCUAAUUCUCCCUCCUUCCAUCACCCCGCCCCAUUGUCCCGCUUUCCAUCAUCCUGCACCAUUCUCCCGCUUUCCAUCACCCCGCCCCAUUCUCCCGCUUUCAAUCACCCCGCCCCAUUCUCCCGCAUUCCAUCACCCCGCUCCAUUCUCCCGCUUUCCAUCAACUCGCCCCAUUCUCCCGCUUUCCAUCACCCCGCCCCAUUCUCCCGCUUUCUAUCAUCCUGCCCCAUUCUCCUGCUUUCAAUCACCCCGCCCCAUUCUCCCGCUUUCCAUCACCCCGCUCCAUUCUCCCUCUUUCCAUCAACUCGGCCCAUUCUCCCGCUUUCCAUCACCUUGCCCCAUUCUCCCGUUUUCCAUCACCUUGCCCCAUUCUCCCGCUUUCCAUCACCCCGCCCCAUUCUCCCGCUUUCCAUCACCUCGCCCCAUUCUCCCUCCUUCCAUCACCCCGCCCCAUUCUCCCACCUACCAUCACCCCACCCCAUUCUCCCGCUUUCCGUCAUCCUUCCCCAUUCUCCCGCUUUCCAUCACCCCGCCCCAUUCCACCGCUUUCAAUCACCCCGCCCUAUCCUCCCGUUUUCCAUCACCCUGCCCCAUUCUCCCGCUUUCCAUCACCUCGGCCCAUUCUCGUGCUUUCCAUCACCCCGCCCCAUUCUCCCACUUUCCAUCACCCCGCCCAAUUCUCUCGCUUUCCAUCUCCCCGCCCCAUUCUCCCGCUUUCCAUCACCCUGCCCCAUUCUCCCGCUUUCCAUCACCUCGCCCCAUUCUCCCUCCUUCCAUCACCCCGCCCCAUUCUCCCUCCUACCAUCAUCCCACCCCAUUCUCCCGCUUUCCGUCAUCCUUCCCCAUUCUCCCGCUUUCCAUCACCCCGCCCCAUUCUACCGCUUUCAAUCACCCCACCCUAUCCUCCCGUUUUCCAUCACCCCGCCCCAUUCUCCAGUUUUCCAUCACCUCGCCCCAUUCUCGUGCUUUCCAUCACCCCGCCCCAUUCUCCCGCUUUCCAUCACCCCGCCCAAUUCUCUCGCUUUCCAUGUCCCCGCCCCUUUCUCCCGCUUUCCAUCACCCCACCCCAUUCUCCCGCUUUCCACCACACCGCCCCAUUCUCUCGCUUUCCAUCACCCCGCCCCAUUCUCCCGCUUUCCAUCACCCCGCCCCAUUCUCCCUUCUUCCUUCACCCCGCCCCAUUCUCCCGCUUUCCAUCACCCCGCCCCAUUCUCCCGCUUUCCAUCACCCCGCCCUAUUCUCCCUCCUUCCAUCACCCCGCCCCAUUCUCCCGCUUUCCAUCAUCCUGCACCAUUCUCCCGCAUUCCAUCACCCCGCUCCAUUCUCCCGCUUUCCAUCAACUCGCCCCAUUCUCCCGCUUUCCAUCACCCCACCCCAUUCUCCCGCUUUCCAUCAUCCUGCCCCAUUCUCCCGCUUUCCAUCACCCUGCCCCAUUCUCCUGCUUUCAAUCACCCCGCCCCAUUCUCCCGCUUUCCAUCACCCCGCUCCAUUCUCCCGCUUUCCAUCAACUCGGCCCAUUCUCCCGCUUUCCAUCACCUCGCCCCAUUCUCCCGCUUUCCGUCAUCCUUCCCCAUUCUCCCGCUUUCCAUCACCCCGCCCCAUUCUACCGCUUUCAAUCACCCCGCCCUAUCCUCCUGUUUUCCAUCACCCCGCCCCAUUCUCGUGCUUUCCAUCACCCCGCCCCAUUCUCCCGCUUUCCAUCACCCCGCCCAAUUCUCUCGCUUUCCAUCUCCCCGCCCCAUUCUCCCGCUUUCCAUCACCCCGCCCCAUUCUCCCGCUUUCCACCACCCCGCCCCAUUCUCUCGCUUUCCAUCACCCCGCCCCAUUAUCCCGCUUUCCAUCACCCCGCCCCAUUCUCCCUUCUUCCUUCACCCCGCCCCAUUCUCCCACUUUCCAUCACCCCGCCCCAUUCUCCCGCUUUCCAUCACCCCGCCCCAUUCUCCCUCCUUCCAUCACCCCGCCCCAUACUCCCGCUUUCCAUCAUCCUGCACCAUUCUCCCGCUUUCCAUCACCCCGCCCCAUUCUCCCGCUUUCCAUCACCCCGCUCCAUUCUCCCGCUUUCCAUCAACUCGCCCCAUUCUCCGCCUUUCCAUCACCCCGCCCCAUUCUCCCUUCUUCCUUCACCCCGCCCCAUUCUCCCACUUUCCAUCACCCCGCCCCAUUCUCCCGCUUUCCAUCACCCCGCCCCGUUCUCCCUCCUUCCAUCACCCCGCCCCAUACUCCCGCUUUCCAUCACCCCGCCCCAUUCUCCCGCUUUCCAUCACCCCGCCCCAUUCUCCCGCUUUCCAUCACCCCGCCCCAUUCUCCCGCUUUCCAUCAACUCGCCCCAUUCUCCCGCUUUCCAUCACACCGCCCCAUUCUCCCGCUUUCCAUCACCCCGCCCCAUUCUCCCUACUUCCAUCACCCCGCCCCAUUCUCCCGCUUUCCAUCACCCCGCCCCAUUCUCCCGCUUUCCAUCACUUGCCCCAUUCUCCCGCUUUCCAUCACCCCGCCCCAUUCUCCCGCUUUCCAUCACCCCGCUCCAUUCUCCCGCUUUCCAUCAACUCGCCCCAUUCUCCCGCUUUCCAUCACCCCGCCCCAUUCUCCCGCUUUCCAUCACCCCGCCCCAUUCUCCCGCUUUCCAUCACCCCACCCCAUUCUUCCGCUUUCCAUCACCCCGCCCCAUUCUCCCGCUUUCCAUCAUCCUGCCCCAUUCUCCCGCUUUCCAUCACCCUGCCCUAUUCUCCUGCUUUCAAUCACCCCGCCCCAUUCUCCCGCUUUCCAUCACCCCGCUCCAUUCUCACGCUUUCCAUCAACUCGCCCCAUUCUCCCGCUUUCCAUCACCCCGCCCCAUUCUCCCGUUUUCCAUCACCCCGCCCCAUUCUCCCGCUUUCCAUCACCCCGCCCCAUUCUCCCGCUUUCCAUCACCUCGCCCCAUUCUCCCUCCUUCCAUCACCCCGCCCCAUUCUCCCUCCUACCAUCAUCCCACCCCAUUCUCCCGCUUUCCGUCAUCCUUCCCCAUUCUCCCGCUUUCCACCACCCCGCCCCAUUCUCCCGCUUUCCAUCACCUCGCCCCAUUCUCGUGCUUUCCAUCACCCCGCCCCAUUCUCCCGCUUUCCAUCACCCCGCCCAAUUCUCUCGCUUUCCAUCUCCCCGCCCCAUUCUCCCGCUUUCCAUCACCCCACCCCAUUCUCCCGCUUUCCACCACACCGCCCCAUUCUCUCGCUUUCCAUCACCCCACCCCAUUCUCCCUUCUUCCUUCACCCCGCCCCAUUCUCCCGCUUUCCAUCACCCCGCCCCAUUCUCCCGCUUUCCAUCACCCCGCCUAAUUCUCCCUCCUUCCAUCACCCCGCCCCAUUGUCCCGCUUUCCAUCAUCCUGCACCAUUCUCCCGCUUUCCAUCACCCCGCCCCAUUCUCCCGCUUUCAAUCACCCCGCCCCAUUCUCCCGCAUUCCAUCACCCCGCUCCAUUCUCCCGCUUUCCAUCAACUCGCCCCAUUCUCCCGCUUUCCAUCACCCCGCCCCAUUCUCCCGCUUUCUAUCAUCCUGCCCCAUUCUCCUGCUUUCAAUCAUCCCGCCCCAUUCUCCCGCUUUCCAUCACCCCGCUCCAUUCUCCCUCUUUCCAUCAACUCGGCCCAUUCUCCCGCUUUCCAUCACCUUGCCCCAUUCUCCCGUUUUCCAUCACCUUGCCCCAUUCUCCCGCUUUCCAUCACCCCGCCCCAUUCUCCCGCUUUCCAUCACCUCGCCCCAUUCUCCCUCCUUCCAUCACCCCGCCCCAUUCUCCCACCUACCAUCACCCCACCCCAUUCUCCCGCUUUCCGUCAUCCUUCCCCAUUCUCCCGCUUUCCAUCACCCCGCCCCAUUCCACCGCUUUCAAUCACCCCGCCCUAUCCUCCCGUUUUCCAUCACCCUGCCCCAUUCUCCCGCUUUCCAUCACCUCGGCCCAUUCUCGUGCUUUCCAUCACCCCGCCCCAUUCUCCCACUUUCCAUCAUCCCGCCCAAUUCUCUCGCUUUCCAUCUCCCCGCCCCAUUCUCCCGCUUUCCAUCACCCCACCCCAUUCUCCCGCUUUCCACCACCCCGCCCCAUUCUCUCGCUUUCCAUCACCCCGCCCCAUUCUCCCGCUUUCCAUCACCCCGCCCCAUUCUCACUUCUUCCUUCACCCCGCCCCAUUCUCCCGCUUUCCAUCACCCCGCCCCAUUCUCCCGCUUUCCAUCACCCCGCCCCAUUCUCCCUCCUUCCAUCACCCCGCCCCAUUCUCCCGCUUUCCAUCAUCCUGCACCAUUCUCCCGCUUUCAAUCACCCCGCCCCAUUCUCCCGCUUUCCAUCACCCCGCUCCAUUCUCCCGCUUUCCAUCAACUCGCCCCAUUCUCCCGCUUUCCAUCACCCCGCCCCAUUCUCCUGCUUUCCAUCACUCCGCCCCAUUCUCCCGCUUUCCAUCACCCCGCCCCAUUCUCCCGCUUUCCAUCACCCCGCCCCAUUCUCCCGCUUUCCAUCACCCCGCCCCAUUCUCCCGCUUUCCAUCACCCCGCCCCAUUCUCCCGCUUUCCAUCACCUCGCCCCAUUCUCCCUCCUUCCAUCACCCCGCCCCAUUCUCCCGCUUUCCAUCAUCCUGCCCCAUUCUCCCGCUUUCCAUCUCCCCGCCCCAUUCUCCCGCUUUCAAUCACCCCGCCCCAUUCUCCCGCUUUACAUCACCCCGCCCCAUUCUCCCGCUUUCCAUCACCCCGCCCCAUUCUCCCGCUUUCCAUCACCCCGCCCCAUUCUCCCGCUUUCCAUCACCCCGCCCCAUUCUCCCGCUUUCCAUCACCCCGCUCCAUUCUCCCGCUUUCCAUCAACUCGCCCCAUUCUCCCCCUUUCCAUCACACCGCCCCAUUCUCCCGUUUUCCAUCACCCCGCCCCAUUCUCCCGCUUUCCAUCACCCUGCCCCAUUCUCCCGCUUUCCAUCACCUCGCCCCAUUCUCCCUCCUUCCAUCACCCCGCCCCAUUCUCCCUCCUACCAUCAUCCCACCCCAUUCUCCCGCUUUCCGUCAUCCUUCCCCAUUCUCCCGCUUUCCAUCACCCCGCCCCAUUCUACCGCUUUCAAUCACCCCACCCUAUCCUCCAGUUUUCCAUCACCUCGCCCCAUUCUCGUGCUUUCCAUCACCCCGCCCCAUUCUCCCGCUUUCCAUCACCCCGCCCAAUUCUCUCGCUUUCCAUGUCCCCGCCCCUUUCUCCCGCUUUCCAUCACCCCACCCCAUUCUCCCGCUUUCCACCACACCGCCCCAUUCUCUCGCUUUCCAUCACCCCGCCCCAUUCUCCCGCUUUCCAUCACCCCGCCCCAUUCUCCCUUCUUCCUUCACCCCGCCCCAUUCUCCCGCUUUCCAUCACCCCGCCCCAUUCUCCCGCUUUCCAUCACCCCGCCCUAUUCUCCCUCCUUCCAUCACCCCGCCCCAUUCUCCCGCUUUCCAUCAUCCUGCACCAUUCUCCCGCAUUCCAUCACCCCGCUCCAUUCUCCCGCUUUCCAUCAACUCGCCCCAUUCUCCCGCUUUCCAUCACCCCGCCCCAUUCUCCCGCUUUCCAUCAUCCUGCCCCAUUCUCCCGCUUUCCAUCACCCUGCCCCAUUCUCCUGCUUUCAAUCACCCCGCCCCAUUCUCCCGCUUUCCAUCACCCCGCUCCAUUCUCCCGCUUUCCAUCAACUCGGCCCAUUCUCCCGCUUUCCAUCACCUCGCCCCAUUCUCCCGCUUUCAAUCACCCCGCCCCAUUCUCCCGCUUUCCAUCACCCCGCCCCAUUCUCCCGCUUUCCAUCACCCCGCCCCAUUCUCCCGCUUUCCAUCACCCUGCCCCAUUCUCCCGCUUUCCAUCACCCCGCCCCAUUCUCCCUCCUUCCAUCACCCCGCCCCAUUCUCCCGCUUUCCAUCAUCCUGCCCCAUUCUCCCGCUUUCCAUCUCCCCGCCCCAUUCCCCCGCUUUCAAUCACCCCGCCCCAUUCUCCCGCUUUACAUCACCCCGCCCCAUUCUCCCGCUUUCCAUCACCCCGCCCCAUUCUCCCGCUUUCCAUCACCCCGCCCCAUUCUCCCGCUUUCCAUCACCCCGCCCCAUUCUCCUCUUUCCAUCACCCUGCCCCAUUCUCCCGCUUUCCAUCACCCUGCCCCAUUCUCCCGCUUUCCAUCACCCCGCCCCAUUCUCCCGCUUUCCAUCACCCUGCCCCAUUCUCGCGCUUUCCAUCACCCCGCCCCAUUCUCCCGCUUUCCAUCACACUGCCCCAUUCUCCCGCUUUCCAUCACCCCGCCCCAUUCUCCCGCUUUCCAUCACCCUGCCCCAUUCUCCCGCUUUCCAUCACCCCGCCCCAUUCUCCCGCUUUCCAUCACCCCGCCCCAUUCUCCCGCUUUCCAUCACCCCGCCCCAUUCUCCCGCUUUCCAUCACCCCGCCCCAUUCUCCCGCUUUCCAUCACCCCGCCCCAUUCUCCCUCCUUCCAUCACCCCGCCCCAUUCUCCCUCCUUCCAUCACCCCGCCCCAUUCUCCCGCUUUCCAUCAUCCUGCCCCAUUCUCCCGCUUUCAAUCACCCCGCCCCAUUCUCCCUCCUUCCAUCACCCCGCCCCAUUCUCCCUCCUUCCAUCACCCCGCCCCAUUCUCCCGCUUUCCAUCAUCCUGCCCCAUUCUCCCGCUUUCAAUCACCCCGCCCCAUUCUCCCGCUUUCCAUCACCCCGCUCUAUUCUCCCGCUUUCCAUCAACUCGCCCCAUUCUCCCGCUUUCCAUCACCCUGCCCCAUUCUCCCGCUUUCCAUCACCGCGCCCUAUUCUCUCGCUUUCCAUCACCUCGCCCCAUUCUCCCUCCUUCCAUCAUCCCGCCCCAUUCUCCCUCCUUCCAUCACCCCGCCCCAUUCUCCCGCUUUCCGUCAUCCUUCCCCAUUCUCUCGCUUUCCAUCGCCCUGCCCUAUUCUACCGCUUUCAAUCACCCUGCCCUAUCCUCCCGCUUUCCAUCACCCCGCCCCAUUCUUCCGCUUUCCAUCACAUCGCCCCAUUCUCGUGCAUUCCAUCACCCCGCCCCAUUCUCCCGCUUUCCAUCACCCUACCCCAUUCUCCCGCUUUCAACCACCCCGCCCCAUUCUCUCGCUUUCCAUCACAUCACCCCGCCCCAUUCUCCCGCUUUCCAUCAUCUCGCCCAAUUCUCUCGCUUUCCAUCACCCCGCCCCAUUCUCCCGCUUUCCAUCACCCUACCCCAUUCUCCCGCUUUCAACCACCCCGCCCCAUUCUCUCGCUUUCCAUCACAUCACCCCGCCCCAUUCUCCCGCUUUCCAUUACCCCGCCCCAUUCUCCCUCCUUCCAUCACCCCGCCCCAUUCUCCCGCUUUCCAUCACCCCGCCCCAUUCUCCCGCUUUCCAUCACCGCGCCCCAUUCUCUCGCUUUCCAUCACCUCGCCCCAUUCUCCCUCCUUCCAUCACCCUGUCCCAUUCUCCCGCUUUCCAUCACCUUGCUCCAUUCUCCCGCUUUCCAUCAACUCGCCCAAUUCUCCCGCUUUCCAUCACCCCGCCCCAUUCUCCCGCUUUCCAUCACCGCGCCCCAUUCUCUCGCUUUCCAUCACCUCGCCCCAUUCUCCCUCCUUCCAUCACCCUGUCCCAUUCUCCCGCUUUCCAUCACCUUGCUCCAUUCUCCCGCUUUCCAUCAACUCGCCCAAUUCUCCCUCCUUCCAUCACCCCGCCCCAUUCUCCCGCUUUCCAUCACCCUGCCCCAUUCUCCCGCUUUCCAUCACCCCACCCCAUUCUUCCGCUUUCCAUCACCCCGCCCCAUUCUCCCGCUUUCCAUCAUCCUGCCCCAUUCUCCCGCUUUCCAUCACCCUACCCCAUUCUCCUGCUUUCAAUCACCCCGCCCCAUUCUCCCGCUUUCCAUCACCCCGCUCCAUUCUCCCGCUUUCCAUCACUCCGCCCCAUUCUCCCGCUUUCCAUCACCCCGCCCCAUUCUCCCGUUUUCCAUCACCCCGCCCCAUUCUCCUGCUUUCCAUCACUCCGCCCCAUUCUCCCGCUUUCCAUCACCCCGCCCCAUUCUCCUGCUUUCCAUCACUCCGCCCCAUUCUCCCGCUUUCCAUCACCCCGCCCCAUUCUCCCGCUUUCCAUCACCCCGCCCCAUUCUCCCGCUUUCCAUCACCCCGCCCCAUUCUCCCGCUUUCCAUCACCCCGCCCCAUUCUCCCUCCUUCCAUCACCCCGCCCCAUUCUCCCGCUUUCCAUCACCCCGCCCCAUUCUCCCUCCUUCCAUCACCCCGCCCCACUCUCCCGCUUUCCAUCAUCCUGCCCCAUUUUCCCGCUUUCCAUCACCCCGCCCCAUUCUCCCGCUUUCAAUCACCCCGCCCCAUUCUCCCGCUUUCCAUCACCCCGCCCCAUUCUCCCGCUUUCCAUCAACUCGCCCCAUUCUCCCGCUUUCCAUCACCCCGCCCCAUUCUCCCGCUUUCCAUCACCCCGCCCCAUUCUCCUGCUUUCCAUCACCCUGCCCCAUUCUCCCGCUUUCCAUCACCCCACCCCAUUCUCCCGCUUUCCAUCACCCCGCCCCAUUCUCCCGCUUUCCAUCAUCCUGCCCCAUUCUCCCGCUUUCCAUCACCCAGCCCCAUUCUCCCACUUUCAAUCACCCCGCCCCAUUCUCCCGCUUUCCAUCACCCCGCUCCAUUCUCCCGCAUUCCAUCAACUUGCCCCAUUCUCCCGCUUUCCAUCACCCCGCCCCAUUCUCCCGUUUUCCAUCACCCCGCCCCAUUCUCCCACUUUCCAUCACCCCGCCCCAUUCUCCCGCUUUCCAUCUCCUCGCCCCAUUCUCCCUCCUUCCAUCACCCCGCCCCAUUCUCCCUCCUACCAUCAUCCCACCCCAUUCUCCCGCUUUCCGUCAUCCUUCCCCAUUCUCCCGCUUUCCAUCACCCCGCCCCAUUCUACCGCUUUCAAUCACCCCACCCUAUCCUCCCGUUUUCCAUCACCCCGCCCCAUUCUCCCGCUUUCCAUCACCCCGCCCAAUUCUCUCGCUUUCCAUCUCCCCGCCCCAUUCUCCCGCUUUCCAUCACCCCACCCCAUUCUCCCGCUUUCCACCACACCGCCCCAUUCUCUCGCUUUCCAUCACCCCGCCCCAUUCUCCCGCUUUCCAUCACCCCGCCCCAUUCUCCCUUCUUCCUUCACCCCGCCCCAUUCUCCCGCUUUCCAUCACCCCGCCCCAUUCUCCCGCUUUCCAUCACCCCGCCCCAUUCUCCCUCCUUCCAUCACCCCGCCCCAUUCUCCCGCUUUCCAUCAUCCUGCACAAUUCUCCCGCUUUCCAUCACCCCGCCCCAUUCUCCCGCUUUCAAUCACCCCGCCCCAUUCUCCCGCAUUCCAUCACCCCGCUCCAUUCUCCCGCUUUCCAUCAACUCGCCCCAUUCUCCCGCUUUCCAUCACCCCGCCCCAUUCUCCCGCUUUUCAUCAUCCUGCCCCAUUCUCCCGCUUUCCAUCACCCUGCCCCAUUCUCCUGCUUUCAAUCACCCCGCCCCAUUCUCCCGCUUUCCAUCACCCCGCUCCAUUCUCCCGCUUUCCAUCAACUCGGCCCAUUCUCCCGCUUUCCAUCACCCCGCCCCAUUCUCCCCACCCCGCCCCACUCUCCCGCUUUCCAUCAUCCUGCCCCAUUCUCCUGCUUUCCAUCACCCCGCCCCAUUCUCCCGCUUUCCAUCAUCCCGCCCCAUUCUCCCGUGUUCCAUCAUCAGCCCCAUUCUCCCGCUUUCCAUCACCCAGCCACUUUCUCUCGCUUUCCAUCACCCCUCCCCAUUCUCCCGCUUUCCAUCACCCCAACCCAUUCUCCCUCCUUCCUUCACCCCGCCCCAUUCUCCCGCUUUCCAUCACCCCCGCCCCAUUCUCCCGCUUUCCAUCACCCCGCCCCAUUCUCCCUCCUUCCAUCACCCCGCCCCACUCUCCCGCUUUCCAUCAUCCUGCCCCAUUCUCCCGCUUUCCAUCACCCCGCCCCAUUCUCCCGCUUUCAAUCACCCCGCCCCAUUCUCCCGCUUUCCAUUAUCCCGCCCCAUUCUCCCACUUUCCAUCACCCCGCCCCAUUCUCCCGCUUUCCAUCACCCCGCCCCAUUCUCCCUCUUUCCAUUACCCCGCCCCAUUCUCUCUCUUUCCAUCACCCCGCCCCAUUCUCCCUCUUUCCAUCACCCCGCCCCAUUCUCCCUCUUUCCAUCACCCCGCCCCAUUCUCCCGCUUUCUAUCACCCCGCCCAAUUCUCUCGCUUUCCAUCACCCCGCCCCGUUCUCCCGCUUUCCACCACCCCGCCCGAUUCUCCCGCUUUCCAUCACCUCUCCCCGUUCUCCCGCUUUCCAUCACCCCACCCCAUUCUCCCUCCUUCCUUCACCCCGCCCCAUUCUCCCGCUUUCCAUCACCCUGCCCCAAUCUCCCGCUUUCCGUCACCCCGCCCCAUUCUCCCUCCUUCCAUCACCCCGCCCCACUCUCCCGCUUUCCAUCAUCCUGCCCCAUUCUCCCGCUUUCCAUCACCCCGCCCCAUUCUCCCGCUUUCAAUCACCCCGCCCCAUUCUCUCGCUUUCCAUCACCCCGCCCCAUUCUCCCGCUUUCCAUCACCCCGCCCCAUUCUCCCGCUUUCCAUCACCCCGCCCCAUUCUCCCUCCUUCCAUCACCCCGCCCCACUCUCCCGCUUUCCAUCAUCCUGCCCCAUUCUCCCGCUUUCCAUCACCCCGCCCCAUUCUCCCACUUUCAAUCACCCCGCCCCAUUCUCCCGCUUUCCAUCACCCCGCCCCAUUCUCCCACUUUUAAUCACCCCGCUCCAUUCUCUCGCUUUCCAUCAACUCGCCCCAUUCUCCCGCUUUCCAUCACCCCGCCCCAUUCUCCCGCUUUCCAUCAUCCUGCCCCAUUCUCCCGCUUUCCAUCACCGUGCCCCAUUCUCCUGCUUUCAAUCACCCCGCCCCAUUUUCCCGCUUUCCAUCACCCCGCUCCAUUCUCCCGCUUUCCAUCAACUCGGCCCAUUCUCCCGCUUUCCAUCACCCCGCCCCAUUCUCCCGUUUUCCAUCACCUCGCACCAUUUUCCCGCUUUCCAUCACCCCGCCCCAUUCUCCCCCUUUCCAUCACCCCGCCCCAUUCUCCCGCUUUCCAUCAACUUGCCCCAUUCUCCCGCUUUCCAUCACCCCGCCCCAUUCUCCCGCUUUCCAUCACCCUGCCCCAUUCUCCCGCUUUCCAUCACCCCACCCCAUUCUCCCGCUUUCCAUCACCCCGCCCCAUUCUCCCGCUUUCCAUCACCCAGCCCCAUUCUCCCACUUUCAAUCACCCCGCCCCAUUCUCCCGCUUUCCAUCACCCCGCUCCAUUCUCCCGCAUUCCAUCAACUCGCCCCAUUCUCCCGCUUUCCAUCACCCCGCCCCAUUCUCCCGUUUUCCAUCACCCCGCCCCAUUCUCCCACUUUCCAUCACCCCGCCCCAUUCUCCCGCUUUCCAUCACCCCGCCCCAUUCUCCCGCUUUCAAUCACCCCGCCCCAUUCUCCCGCUUUCCAUCACCCCGCCCCAUUCUCCCGCUUUCAAUCACCUCGCUCCAUUCUCCCGCUUUCCAUCACCCCGCCCCAUUCUCCCGCUUUCCAUCACCACGCCCCACUCUCCCUCCUUCCAUCACCCCUCCCUAUUCUCCCGCAUUCCAUCAACUCGCCCCAUUCUCCCGCUUUCCAUCACCCCGCCCCAUUCUCCCGUUUUCCAUCACCCCGCCCCAUUCUCCCACUUUCCAUCACCCCGCCCCUUUCUCCCGCUUUCCAUCACCUCGCCCCAUUCUCCCUCCUUCCAUCACCCUGCCCCAUUCUCCCUCCUUCCAUCACCCCGCCCCAUUCUCCCGCUUUCCGUCAUCCUUCCCCAUUCUCCCGCUUUCCAUCACCCCGCCCCAUUCUACCGCUUUCAAUCACCCCGCCCCAUUCUCCCGCUUUCCAUCACCCCGCCCCAUUCUCCCGCUUUCAAUCACCCCGCUCCAUUCUCCCGCUUUCCAUCAACUCGCCCCAUUCUCCCGCUUUUUAUCACCCCGCCCCAUUCUCCUGCUUUCCAUCACCCCGCCCCAUUCUCCCGCUUUCCAUCACCCCGCCCCAUUCUCCUGCUUUCCAUCACCCCGCCCCAUUCUCCCGCUUUCCAUCACCCCGCCCCAUUCUCCCGCUUUCCAUCACCCCGCCCCAUUCUCCCGCUUUCAAUCACCCCGCCCCAUUCUCCCGCUUUCCAUCACCCCGCCCCAUUCUCCCGCUUUCAAUCACCUCGCUCCAUUCUCCCGCUUUCCAUCACCCCGCCCCAUUCUCCCGCUUUCCAUCACCACGCCCCACUCUCCCUCCUUCCAUCACCCCUCCCUAUUCUCCCGCUUUCCAUCACCCCGCCCUGUUCUCCCGCUUUCCAUCACCCCGCCCCAUUCUCCCGUUUUCCAUCACCCCGCCCCAUUGUCUCGCUUUCCAUCACCCCGCCCCAUUCUCCCGCUUUCCAUCACCCCGCCCCAUUCUCCCGCUUUCCAUCACCCCGCCCUAUUGUCCCUCCUAACAUCACCCCGCCCCAUUCUCCCGCUUUCCAUCAUCCUGCCCCAUUCUCCCGCUUUCCAUCACCCCGCCCCAUUCUCCCGCUUUCAAUCACCCCGCCCCAUUCUCCCGCUUUCCAUCACCUUGCUCCAUUCUCCCGGUUUCCUUCACCCCGCCCCAUUCUCCUGCUUUCCAUCACCCCGCCCCAUUCUCCCGCUUUCCAUCACCCCACCCAAUUCUCCCGCUUUCCAUCACCCCGCCCCAUUCUCCCGCUUUCCAUCACCCGCUCCAUUCUCCCGCUUUCCAUCAACUCGCCCCAUUCUCCCGCUUUCCAUCACCCCGCCCCAUUCUCCUGCUUUCCAUCACCCCGCCCCAUUCUCCCGCUUUCCAUCACCCCGCCCCAUUCUCCCGCUUUCCAUCACCCCGCCCCAUUCUCCCGCUUUCCAUCACCUCGCCCCAUUCUCCCUCCUUCCAUCACCCCGCCCCAUUCUCCCUCCUUCCAUCACCCCAUUCUCCCGCUUUCCGUCAUCCUUCCCCAUUCUCCCGCUUUCCAUCACCCCGCCCCAUUCUACCGCUUUCAAUCACCCCGCCCUAUCCUCCAGUUUUCCAUCACCCCGCCCCAUUCUCCCGCUUUCCAUCACCUCGCCCCAUUCUCGUGCUUUCCAUCACCCCGCCCCAUUCUCCCGCUUUCCAUCACUCCGCCCAAUUCUCUCGCUUUCUAUCUCCCGCCCCAUUCUCCCGCUUUCCAUCACCCCACCCCAUUCUCCUGCUUUCCACCACCCCGCCCCCUUCUCCGACUUUCCAUCACCCCGCUCCAUUCUCCCGCUUUCCAUCACCCCGCCCCAUUCUCCCGCUUUCCAUCACCCCGCCCCAUUCUCCCGCUUUCCAUCACCCUGCCCCAUUCUCCCGCUUUCCAUCACCCCGCCCCAUUCUCCCGCUUUCCAUCACCCCGCCCCAUUCUCCCGCUUUCCAUCACCCCGCCCCAUUCUCCCUUCUUCCAUCACCCAGCCCCAUUCUCCCGCUUUCCAUCAUCAUGCCCCAUUCUCCCGCUUUCAAUCACCCCGCCCCAUUCUCCCGCUUUCCAUCACCUCGCUCCAUUCUCCCGCUUUCCAUCACCCCGCCCCAUUCUCCCGCUUUCCAUCACCCCGCCCCAUUCUCUCGCUUUCCAUCACCCCGCCCCAUUCUCCCGCUUUUCAUCACCCCGCCCCAUUCUCCCGCUUUCCAUCACCCCGCCCCAUUCUCCCUCCUUCCAUCACACCGCCCCAUUCUCCCUCCUUCCAUCACCCCUCCCUAUUCACCCGCUUUCCAUCACGCUGCCCCAUUCCCCCGCUCUCCAUCACCCUGCCCCAUUCUCCCUUCUUCCAUCAUCCUGCCCCAUUCUCCCGCUUUCCAUUAUCCCGCCCCAUUCUCCCGCUUUCCAUCACCCCGCCCCAUUCUCCCGCUUUCCAUCACCUCGCCCCAUUCUCCCUCUUUCCAUUACCCCGCCCCAUUCUCUCUCUUUCCAUCACCCCGCCCCGAUCUCCCUCCUUCCAUCACCCCGCCCCAUUCUCCCUCUUUCCAUCAUCCCGCCCCAUUCUCCCGUGUUCCAUCAUCAGCCCCAUUCUCCCGCUUUCCAUCACCCUGCACCUUUCUCCCGCUUUCCAUCACCCCGCCCAAUUCUCUCGCUUUCCAUCACCCCGCCCCAUUCUCCCGCUUUCCAUCACCCCUCCCCGUUCUCCCGCUUUCCACCACCCCGCCCCAUUCUCCCGCUUUCCAUCACCCCACCCCAUUCUCCCUCCUUCCUUCACCCCGCCCCAUUCUCCCGCUUUACAUCACCCUGGCCCAUUCUCCCGAUUUCCAUCACCCCGCCCCAUUCUCCCGCUUUCCAGCACCCCGCCCCACUCUCCCGCUUUCCAUCAUCCUGCCCCAUUCUCCCGCUUUCCAUCACCCCGCCCCAUUCUCCCGCUUUCCAUCAUCCCGCCCCAUUCUCCCGUGUUCCAUCAUCAGCCCCUUUCUCCCGCUUUCCAUCACCCUGCCGCUUUCUCCCGCUUUCCAUCACCCCGCCCCAUUCUCCCUCUUUCCAUCACCCCGCCCAAUUCUCUCGCUUUCCAUCACCCCGCCCCAUUCUCCCGCUUUCCAUCACCCCUCCCCAUUCUCCCGCUUUCCACCACCCCGCCCCAUUCUCCCGCCUUCCAUCACCCCGCCCCACUCUCCCGCUCUGCCCCAUUCUCCCGCUUUCCAUCACCCCGCCCCAUUCUCCCGCUUUCAAUCACCCCGCCCCAUUCUCCCGCUUUCCAUUAUCCCGCCCCAUUCUCCCGCUUUCCAUCACCGCGCCCCAUUCUCCCGCUUUCCAUCACCCCGCCCCAUUCUCCCUCUUUCCAUUACCCCGCCCCAUUCUCUCUCUUUCCAUCACCUCGCCCCAUUCUCCCUCCUUCCAUCACCCCGCCCCAUUCUCCCUCUUUCCAUCGCCCCGCCCCAUUCUCCCGUGUUCCAUCAUCAGCCCCAUUCUCCCGCUUUCCAUCACCCUGCCCCUUUCUCCCGCUUUCCAUCACCCCGCCCCAUUCUCCCUCUUUCCAUCACCCCGCCCCAUUCUCCCGCUUUCUAUCACCCCGCCCAAUUCUCUCGCUUUCCAUCACCCCGCCCCAUUCUCCCGCUUUCCAUCACCCCUCCCCGUUCUCCCGCUUUCCACCACCCCGCCCCAUUCUCCCGCUUUCCAUCACCCCGCCCCAUUCUCCCGCUUUCCAUCACCCCUCCCCGUUCUCCCGCUUUCCACCACCCCGCCCCAUUCUCCCGCUUUCCAUAACCCCACCCCAUUCUCCCUCCUUCCUUCACCCCGCCCCAUUCUCCCGCUUUCCAUCACCCUGCCCCAUUCUCCCGCUUUCCAUCACCCCGCCCCAUUCUCCCUCCUUCCAUCACCCCGCCCCACUCUCCCGCUUUCCAUCAUCCUGCCCCAUUCUCCCGCUUUCCAUCACCCCGCCCCAUUUUCCCGCUUUCAAUCACCCCGCCCCAUUCUCUCGCUUUCCAUCACCCCGCCCCAUUCUCCCGCUUUCCAUCACCCCUCCCCGUUCUUCCGCUUUCCACCACCCCGCCCCAUUCUCCCGCUUUCCAUAACCCCACCCCAUUCUCCCUCCUUCCUUCACCCCGCCCCAUUCUCCCGCUUUCCAUCACCCUGCCCCAUUCUCCCGCUUUCCAUCACCCCGCCCCAUUCUCCCUCCUUACAUCACCCCGCCCCACUCUCCCGCUUUCCAUCAUCCUGCCCCAUUCUCCCGCUUUCCAUCACCCCGCCCCAUUCUCCCGCUUUCAAUCACCCCGCCCCAUUCUCCCGCUUUCCAUCACCCCGCCCCAUUCUCCCGCUUUCCAUCAACUCGCCCCAUUCUCCCGCUUUCCAUCACCCCGCCCCAUUCUCCCGCUUUCCAUCACCCCACCCCAUUCUCCCGCUUUCCAUCACCCCACCCCAUUCUCCCGCUUGCCAUCACCCCGCCCCAUUCUCCCGCUUUCCAUCAUCCUGCCCCAUUCUCCCGCUUUCCAUCACCCAGCCCCAUUCUCCCACUUUCAAUCACCCCGCCCCAUUCUCCCGCUUUCCAUCACCCCGCUCCAUUCUCCCGCUUUCCAUCAACUCGCCCCAUUCUCCCGCUUUCCAUCACCCCGCCCCAUUCUCCCGUUUUCCAUCACCCCGCCCCAUUCUCCCACUUUCCAUCACCCCGCCCCAUUCUCCCGCUUUCCAUCACCUCGCCCCAUUCUCCCUCCUUCCAUCACCCCGCCCCAUUCUCCCUCCUUCCAUCACCCCGCCCCAUUCUCCCGCUUUCCGUCAUCCUUCCCCAUUCUCCCGCUUUCCAUCAUCCCGCCCCAUUCUACCGCUUUCAAUCACCCCGCCCCAUUCUCCCGCUUUCCAUCACCCCGCCCCAUUCUCCCGCUUUUCAUCAUCCUGCACCAUUCUCCCGCUUUCCAUCAUCCCGCCCCAUUCUCCCGCUUUCAAUCACCCCGCUCCAUUCUCCCGCUUUCCAUCAACUCGCCCCAUUCUCCCGCUUUCCAUCACCCCGCCCCAUUCUCCUGCUUUCCAUCACCCCGCCCCAUUCUCCCGCUUUCCAUCACCCCGCCCCAUUCUCCCGCUUUCCAUCACCCCGCCCCAUUCUCCCGCUUUCCAUCACCCCGCCCCAUUCUCCCGCUUUCCAUCACCCCGCCCCAUUCUCCCUCCUUCCAUCACCCCGCCCCACUCUCCCUCCUUCCAUCACCCCUCCCCAUUCCCCCACUUUCCAUCACCCUGCCGUGUUCUCCCGUUUUCCAUCACCCCGCCCCAUUCUCUCGCUUUCCAUCACCCCGCCCCAUUCUCCCGCUUUCCAUCACCCCGCCCCAUUCUCCCGCUUUCCAUCACCCCGCCCCAUUCUCCCUCCUUCCAUCACCCUGCCCCAUUCUCCCGCUUUCCAUCAUCCUGCCCCAUUCUCCCGCUUUCCAUCACCCCGCCCCAUUCUCCCGCUUUCAAUUACCCCGCCCCAUUCUCCCGCUUUCCAUCAUCCUGCCCCAUUCUCCCGCUUUCCAUCACCCCGCCCCAUUCUCCCGCUUUCAAUUACCCCGCCCCAUUCUCCCGCUUUCCAUCAACUCGCCCCAUUCUCCCGCUUUCCAUCACCCCGCCCCAUCCUCCCGCUUUCCAUCACCCUGCCCCAUUCUCCCGCUUUCCAUCACCCCACCCAAUUCUCCCGCUUUCCAUCACCCCGCCCCAUUCUCCCGCUUUACAUCACCCCGCUCCAUUCUCCCGCUUUCCAUCAACUCGCCCCAUUCUCCCGCUUUCCAUCACCCCGCUCCAUUCUCCCGCUUUCCAUCAACUCGCCCCAUUCUCCCGCUUUCCAUCACCCCGCCCCAUUCUCCCGCUUUCAAUUACCCCGCCCCAUUCUCCUGCUUUCCAUCACCCCGCCCCAUUCUCCCGCUUUCCAUCACCCCGCCCCAUUCUCCCGCUUUCCAUCACCCCGCCCCAUUCUCCCGCUUUCCAUCACCCCGCCCUAUUCUCCCUCCUUCCAUCACCCCGCCCCAUUCUCCCUCCUUCCAUCACCCCGCCCCAUUCUCCCACUUUCCGUUAUCCUUCCCCAUUCUCCCGCUUUCCAUCACCCCGCCCCAUUCUACCGCUUUCAAUCACCCCGCCCUAUCCUCCCGUUUUCCAUCACCCCGCCCCAUUCUCCCGCUUUCCAUCACCUCGCCCCAUUCUCGUGCUUUCCAUCACCCCGCCCCGUUCUCCCGCUUUCCAUCACCCCGCCCAAUUCUCUCGCUUUCUAUCUCCCCGCCCCAUUCUCCCGCUUUCCAUCACCCCACCCCAUUCUCCCGCUUUCCACCACCCCGCCCCCUUCUCUCGCUUUCCAUCACCCCGCCCCAUUCUCCCGCUUUCCUUCACCCCGCCCCAUUCUCCCUUCUUCCUUCACCCCGCCCCAUUCUCCCGCUUUCCAUCACCCCGCCCCAUUCUCCCGCUUUCCAUCACCCUGCCCCAUUAUCCCUCCUUCCAUCACCCCGCCCCAUUCUCCCGCUUUCCAUCACCCCGCUCCAUUCUCCCGCUUUCCAUCACCCUGCCCCAUUCUCCUGCUUUCCAUCACCCCGCCCCAUUCUCCCGCUUUCCAUCACCCCGCCCCAUUCUCCCGCUUUCCAUCACCCCGCCCCAUUCUCCUGCUUUCCAUCACCCCGCCCCAUUCUCCCGCUUUCCAUUAUCCCGCCCCAUUCUCCCGCUUUCCAUCACCCCGCCCCAUUCUCCCGCUUUCCAUCACCCCGCUCCAUUCUCCCGCUUUCCAUCAACUCGCCCCAUUCUCCCGCUUUCCAUCACCCCGCCCCAUUCUCCCGUUUUCCAUCACCCCGCCCCAUUCUCCCGCUUUCCAUCACCCCGCCCCAUUCUCCCGCUUUCCAUCACCCCGCCCCAUUCUCCCUCCUUCCAUCACCCCGCCCCAUUCUCCCGCAUUCCAUCACCCCGCCCCAUUCUCCCGCUUUCAAUCACCCCGCCCCAUUCUCUCGCUUUCGAUCACCCCGCUCCAUUCUCCCGCUUUCCAUCAACUCACCCCAUUCUCCUGCUUUCCAUCACCCCGCUCCAUUCUCCCGCUUUCCAUCAACUCACCUCAUUCUCCCGCUUUCCAUCACCCCGCCCCAUUCUCCCACCUUCCAUCACCCCGCCCCAUUCUCCCGCUUUCCAUCACCCUGCCCCAUUCUCCCGCUUUCCAUCACCCCAUCCCAUUCUCCCGCUUUCCAUCACCCCGCCCCAUUCUCCCGCUUUCCAUCACCCCGCCCCAUUCUCCCGCUUUCCAUCAACUCGCCCCAUUCUCCCGCUUUCAAUCACCCGGCCCCAUUCUCCCGCUUUCCAUCACCCCGCCCCAUUCUCCCGCUUUCCAUCACCCUGCCCCAUUCUCCCGCUUUCCAUCACCCCAUCCCAUUCUCCCGCUUUCCAUCACCCCGCCCCAUUCUCCCGCUUUCCAUCACCCUGCCCCAUUCUCCUGCUUUCAAUCACCCUGCCCCAUUCUCCCGCUUUCCAUCACCCCGCUCCAUUCUCCCGCUUUCCAUCAACUCGCCCCAUUCUCCCGCUUUCCAUCACCCCGCCCCAUUCUCCCGUUUUCCAUCACCCCGCCCCAUUCUCCCGCUUUCCAUCACCCCGCCCCAUUCUCCCGCUUUCCAUCACCCCGCCCCAUUCUCCCUCCUUCCAUCACCCCGCCCCAUUCUCCCGCUUUCCAUCACCCCGCCCCAUUCUCCCGCUUUCAAUCACCCCGUCCCAUUCUCCCGCUUUCCAUCACCCCGCUCCAUUCUCCCGCUUUCCAUCACCCCGCCCCAUUCUCCUGCUUUCCAUCACCCCGCCCCAUUCUCCCGCUUUCCAUCACCCCGCCCCAUUCUCCUGCUUUCCAUCACCCCGCCCCAUGCUCCCGCUUUCCAUCACCCCGCCCCAUUCUCCCGCUUUCCAUCACCCCGCCCCAUUCUCCCUCCUUCCUUCACCCCGCCCCAUUCUCCCGCUUUUUAUCACCCCGCCCCAUUCUCCCGCUUUCCAUCACCCCGCCCCAUUCUCCCUCCUUCCAUCACCCCGCCCCAUUCUCCCGCUUUCCAUCAUCCUGCCCCAUUCUCCUGCUUUCCAUCACCCCGCCCCAUUCUCCCGCUUUCCAUCACCUUGCUCCAUUCUCCCGCUUUCCAUCAACUCGCCCCAUUCUCCCGCUUUCAAUCACCCCGCCCCAUUCUCCCGCUUUCCAUCACCCCACCCCAUUCUCCCGCUUUCCAUCACCCCGCCCCAUUCUCCCGCUUUCCAUCAUCCUGCCCCAUUCUCCCGCUUUCCAUCACCCUACCCCAUUCUCCUGCUUUCAAUCACCCCGCCCCUUUCUCCUGCUUUCCAUCACCCCGCUCCAUUCUCCCGCUUUCCAUCAACUCGCCCCAUUCUCCCGCUUUUUAUCACCCCGCCCCAUUCUCUCGCUUUCCAUCACCCUGCCCCUUUCUCCCGUUUUCCAUCACCCUGCCCCAUUCUCCCCCUUUCCAUCACCCCGCCCCAUUCUCCCGCUUUCCAUCACUCCGCCCCAUUCUCCCUUCUUCCAUCACCUCGCCCCAUUCUCCCGCUUUCCAGCACCCCGCCCCAUUCUUCCGCUUUCCAUCACCCCGCCCCAUUCUCCCGCUUUCCAUCACCCCGCCCCAUUCUCCCGCUUUCCAUCACCCCGCCCCAUUCUCCCUGCAAACCAAGCCAAAAGUGCUCUGCCUAA